AUGAGCAAUACCACUUGCCAACCUCCUCAAUUUGAAGAAAUGCAACUAUCUGGUACUUCCAUUAUUUCCUUGUUUCCAGACAAUAUAUCUUCAGUUGGUGCAUCAUUAGCAUUGAGUUUUGUUAUUAACAGACUUGUUCAUCAUUUAUCUAUCAAUUCAGAGGUUAAAUUGGAAUGUGUAUCUAAUUUUCGAUCGCUUGGUGGUCUCCCCAUUGCAGGUUCAGAUGGAAAAUUAGUGAUUCGACCAGGCACCAUCCACAGAACAGCUGCACCCACCAAUGCCACCCAAAGUGAUGAAUUUUGGUUAUUGGAAGUUAUGCAAAUGAAGACUAUGAUUGAUUUAAGAACAACAUGGGAAAACAAAACAAUAUCACCAGUUAGAAAAUUUGAGGAUAAUUUUGUUCAAUAUUCAGUUAAAAAGGAAGUUAGAGAAACUGUAGCAAAUGUAUUGUAUACUGAUGAUAAUAAUAAUAAUAAUAAUAAUAAUAAUUUAACUGGAUCACGUGGUAGAAGUUCAAGUAGUGGAAAUUAUAAUAAUAAUAAUAAUACCAACAAAUUAUCACCAACAGAUUCUUCUUCUUCAACACUUUCAACAUCAUACAAUGGUCAUGGAAGUUUACAUUUAUCACCAUCUCCAUCACAUCCAAUUACUUGCAACACAAAUAAUAAUAAUAAUAAUACACCGACAACAUGGGCAAGAGGAGUAUCACCACCACCUUUAUCUAGAUCUGUUGAUGGUCAUCUAUCAUCACCAACUAGAUCAAGACCAGUUGGAGCAGAAAACCCAAACAUUUCACCACCAAAAAUACAUGUUACCCAAGCUACACCCAUUCCAGUUCCAGCAGUUAAUGGACCUGCUCCAUCAUCACAAGCACCCGCUUCAUCGUCACCGUCACAAAGAAGAAUACCAUCACCACCAUCAAUGAGAGCCGAAAGAGAAAAAGAAAUGGAAGAACAACGUAAUGGAUUGAUCUGGAGAUUAUACAAUCGUAAUCUUAGUAAUGACGAUAUCGCCAACCUCAGAAAACACUCUACCGGUGUCUUGCGUAAAAGAUUUUGUAUUCCAUUAAUUAAUAAUCGUUUCUUUUUAGAAGGUGUUUAUCAAACUGCUCCAAGUGAUACUAAAGUAAAAUGUACAGUUUCAAGAUACUUAUUAUUUAAUGAUAAGAUUGGAGCAUUUUUAUUGAUGAAUCAUUUAAAUCAACUUGGUAUAUCAGAGAUGUAUAGAUUAACUUUACUGUACACUCAAGAGGAGAUUCUGACGAUUAUGAGAAUCUUAAAACGCAGAGAAAACUAUCCAAUCAUGUAUUAUUGUUCACUUGGAAAGGAUCGUACAGGUAUGGUGACGGCACUCUUGCUCUCAUGUUUGGGAGUACCACGUGAUGUCAUUAUCGAAGACUAUGCAAAGUCAGAGGUCAACUUGACACCAUUUUUCGAGCAGAUCCGUCGUUACUUUUCGCGUGUUGGAUUGGUCAAGGAGGAGUUUGCCAAGGCUCCACGUGAAGUGUUGGCCGGUCUGUUGAAUUGGGUAGACGAAACUUUUGGAGGCGUCCCAGAGUAUUUAGAGAUGAUUGGGUUCUCGCGUCAAGAGCAAGAUGAACUCAAAUCAAAUCUCAUCGUCCCCAUUGAAGAGUACCACCAAAUUCUCGACCAAACCCGUGCCACCCUCUUACCAGGUCUCCAACAACGUCACGACGACUAUCUCUUGCUCAAGCGUUCGUCACCCAAGUUUUCAUUUGCCAGUCCCAAUUCCAAGUUUUGGCGAAGAGUAUCGGUCACCAAAGAAUUGGAUCUUCACACCUAUAACAAAUGA